AUGAUGAGUAUUCUCCCUGACCGGAUUCCCUUGGCUCAGCUCUCAGAUGAGGAAAUGUUGGGCACAGGAGUCUGUAUCAAGAGAGAACUCGACGAAGGUGUCACCGAAGACAUGUAUUUAGAAAUUAAGGAAGAACCGUAUGAUUAUGCAAUGAAGCAAAAUAUAAGAUCUUCAGACCUCAGGCAGAUGUCAAAUGAAAAGACUCAUGUGAUUUUACUGGGAUUGCAACGAUAUUUCAUCAGGAGACCAUUAGUGGCGAGGAUUGUGGGAACAGGUGCUCGUCAGAUUGGGAUGAGGCACCACUUAAGGAAACUUAUGAGGAGUUACACAUGGAAACGAGAAGCAUAUGGCUGUGAAUUUUGCAACAAAGCUUUCUCAAGGAAGAGUGACCAAGUGAAGCACAAAAGAGUACAUACAAAGGAGAGGCCAUACAGCUGUGAAAUUUGCAAGCAAGCCUUCUCACAGAAAAAGAGUUUAGUAAAGCACAUGAGAGUACAUACGAAUGAGAAACCCUAUAGCUGUGAGAUUUGCAAUAAGGCCUUCUCAGAUAAAUCCAAUUUAGUGGAACACAUGAGAGUACAUACAAAGGAGAAGCCAUACAUCUGUGAGAUCUGUAAUAGGGCUUUUGCUCAUACUAGUUCAAGAGUGAUACACAUGAGAGUACAUACAAAGGAGAAACCAUACAGCUGUGAGAUUUGCAACAAGGCCUUCUCUGUGAAAUGUAGUCUUGUAAAGCACAUGAGAGUACAUACAAAGGAGAAGCCAUAUACCUGUGAGAUUUGCAAUAAAGCCUUCUCUCUAAAAUACGUUCUAGCACAACACAAGAAAGUACACACAAAGAAACAAUGUAGCUGAGGUUUCUCUCAAGAAAAAUUGAUUUAGUGAUUUAGUGAUUUACGUAAGGUUUCCCUCACACAAAAUGAUUUAGCGAUAGUGUGCAGGCAUGCAGAGUAGAAGCCAUAUAGGUAUUUAGCCAUAUAGAUAUCCUCGAGAUUUUCGUAUUCUUGUAUUCUCUGGAAAGAAAGAAUACCAGAGUGUACAUAAAGGUUUCACAUAUAACAAAUAUUUUAGUUUCCAUUGACUUUUUAUCCAUAUGCAUAUGUCUGUUGUCACUGACCAGGGGCGUUCAAAAUA